GCCGCCGGGCGGCGUAUAGUCGUGUACCCGAAGAAGGUCCCAAGAGAGAGCAGCACAUAAAAGCACACCCUCGCCGCUCACCACACCCAGCUCCGGCGAGAUCUUCCGGCGGCCGGCGAGAUGAGCCGCGGCACGGGCGCGGGCUACGACCGCCACAUCACCAUCUUCUCCCCCGAGGGCCGCCUCUACCAAGUCGAGUACGCGUUCAAGGCGGUGAAGUCGGCGGGGGUCACGUCGAUCGGCGUCCGCGGCGCGGACUCCGUCUGCGUCGUCACCCAGAAGAAAGUGCCGGAUAAGUUGCUGGAUCAGACGAGCGUGACCCACCUGUUCCCAAUCACCAAGUACAUCGGAUUGCUUGCCACUGGCCUUACAGCUGACGCAAGGUCAUUGGUUUACCAAGCAAGGAACGAAGCAGCUGAGUUUCGUUUCAAAUGGGGUUAUGAGAUGCCUGUAGAUGUGUUAGCGAAAUGGAUUGCUGACAAAGCACAAGUUUACACGCAGCAUGCCUACAUGAGACCCCUUGGAGUAGUUGCUAUGGUCUUGGGCUAUGACGAAGAGAAAAAGGCUCAACUCUUCAAGUGCGACCCUGCUGGUCACUUUUUUGGGCAUAAGGCAACUAGUGCAGGCCUCAAGGAGCAGGAAGCAAUAAAUUUUCUGGAGAAGAAAAUGAAAGAUGAUCCACAAUUCACCUAUGACGAAACUGUUCAGAUUGCAAUCUCUGCGUUGCAAUCAGUUCUCCAGGAAGAUUUCAAGGCCACUGAGAUCGAGGUUGGUGUUGUGAGAAAAGAAGACCGUGUUUUCAGAGCGCUCACAACAGAGGAGAUCGAUCAGCACCUGACGGCCAUUAGUGAACGGGACUGAGCUGCCAUAUGUUGGACGUGUCAGUCACACCGCGACGUGCCAUUGUGCUUCGAUACUGUCAUUUCAUUUCAUAGCCAGGAAAGGAACACUGAGUGGACCAUUUUAUGUCUAACACUGAAAACAAGCCCCUCCCAAAUGUACUCGUUGCUUCAUCUUUCUAUGUGGUUGAAUUUGCAAUGGUUUGAUUAUGCUUUUCUAA